AACUGGUAUCGCAAAUUCAUUCCUAAUUUCGCUCGUAUAGCUGCACCACUACAUAAAGUAACCAACAAAACAAAACAUCGUCGACAUGAAUUUAGAUGGGGACCUGAACAACAACAAUCCUUUGAGGAAUUUAAACAUAUACUAACAACAUCUCCUUUAUUUUUAGAAUAUCCAGAUUUGUCAACUCCAUUCACAUUAACAACUGAUGCAUCAGAUAUUGGCAUUGUUGGGAUUUUAAGACAAUAUACACCAGCUGGAACAAAGAUCAAUUAUUUUAAAUCUCGUGUCUUAAAUGAUACUGAACGUAAAUAUGAUACAUUUGAAAAAGAAGCAUUAGCCAUUUAUUGGUGCAUUACCGAACUUCGAUCUUAUAUAGGUGACUCUAAUUUUAUUGUCGAAACAGAUCAUCGACCACUUGAAAAUUUUCACCUUAAACAAAUCAAUAAUAAAUGUGUUAUGAAUUGGAUUUUUAAAUUACAAGAUAUAUUACCACAAAUUAUUGCAGUCAAAUAUUGUAAAGGUGCAAACAAUACAGCUGCAGAUUAUAUUUCACGACAUCUCCCUUCAUCAACAUCUGUUAAUAUCACACCACCUGGUCCAACUGAUACAUCUCAUUCUCAUACGUGCGAUACUGCUGAACUUAAUGCUGUGACAAUCAGAGCACAAGCCAAACUUCUUGCUCAACCACGUUCAUCAACACCACUCGCAUCUGAAUCUACUUGUUCUUCUCCAUCACCAAGUACUCAAUCAUAUGAUUUUAAUUUAUCACGUAUACGUACCGAACAAAACACUGAUAUAAAUAUUCAAAAUAUAAUACAACAAAUUCGAAAUGAACGUCGCUAUUCAACGUUUUUUAUUCAAGAUGAUAUUCUCUAUAAAUUAGUUCGUCGAGAUAAUACAGUACUUAAACUUAUCUAUACGCCUGCGACUUUAAUUCCGAACCUAACCAUCAUGUCGUAUAUUAAAUCCUGUGAUAAAUGUUCACAAUUUAAUGUGGAUCGACGUAAACCGCCUGGAUUUUUACAACCUAUCCAACCACCAAAUGAUGUUUUUCAAAUACUGGGAAUGGAUUGGUGGGGACCUACUGUUCCUUCACUUUCUGGAAAUCGAUAUGUUCUUGUUGUAACUGAUCGUCUUUCCGGUUAUGUUUUUGCUACAGCAUCACCUACUAAUACAGCUCAAGAUACUGCUCGAAUAUUAAUGGAAAAAAUUAUUUUAGUUCAUGGUCCACCAGAUAUAUUAAUCACUGAUCAAGGUACACACUUCAAGAAUGAAUUAUUACAAGCUAUAUCAAAAUUAGUGGGUUGUGCACAUGUUUUUUCAACACCACAUCAUCCACAAACCAAUGGACAAGCCGAACGAUGA